CCCCGCCUGGCUCCCUCUCUCCUCGCCCGCCGGGUGCUGAAGUUGGGCGGAUGGCAGCAAACCGGCUCCGCUAGAGGACUGAGCCGCUCAGCCCCGCGCCCCCGGACCCAUCGCUGCGCUGCCCACACCUCCAGGCGACUGGCCAGCUGGGCACUGCAGUAGCUGAAAUGCGCAAAAGGCAGCAGUCACAGAAUGAAGAAACACCUGCUGUGUCUCAGGCACCUGGAAACCAGAGGCCCAACAACACGUGUUGCUUUUGUUGGUGCUGUUGCUGCAGCUGCUCCUGCCUCACUGUUAGGAAUGAAGAAAGAGGGGAAAAUGCAGGAAGACCCACGCAUACCACAAAGAUGGAGAGUAUCCAGGUCCUAGAGGAAUGCCAAAACCCCACUUCAGAUGAAGUCUUGUCCUGGUCUCAAAAUUUUGACAAGAUGAUGAAGGCCCCAGCAGGAAGAAACCUCUUCAGGGAGUUCCUGCGAACAGAAUACAGUGAGGAGAACCUACUUUUCUGGCUUGCCUGUGAAGACUUAAAGAAAGAGCAGAACAAAAAAGUAAUUGAAGAAAAGGCCAGGAUGAUAUAUGACGAUUACAUUUCUAUACUCUCACCAAAAGAGGUCAGUCUCGAUUCUCGAGUUAGAGAGGUGAUCAAUAGAAAUCUGUUGGAUCCUAAUCCUCACAUGUAUGAAGAUGCCCAACUGCAGAUAUAUACCUUAAUGCACAGAGAUUCUUUCCCCAGGUUUUUGAACUCUCAAAUUUAUAAGUCAUUUGUUGAAAGUACUGCCAGCUCUACUUCUGAAUCUUAAUUUUUAUUAAAGAAAAUCAUUUUGGAGGGCUGCGAUGAGAAAUAAAAGUAGUUACGUAACACCUGAAACUGAGUUCCUGGAGAACUACGGUUUAGCAUUCCUCAGGCUACUGUGAAAAUACAACCAUAUGGUCUUUGUCUCCAUUUUUAUCAAGGUUUAUCCGUGGUUACUUUGGAGAAAAUACCACAUAAAACAAUGAAUUGCCAAAUUAAGUUUAUUUUGUUGAACACGCAUUCAUUCUACUUGCAAGCAAACUGUAUUUGUAGUCCUAUGAACAGUCUCCUAGUGUACCAGAGACUGCAUGUGCCAAGUAAACCUGCUUCAUUUGCCAUAUAGUUGUCGCAACACUUAAAUCCAAAUGGCAUAACUUAUAUCUGUAUUUAAGGACUUUUGUGCAAUAUGGUCUUAUAGAAAUAAUUGCCCAAAAGUUGGCUGUGGUUUGCAUUUUUAAAUAUAAUCAAAGACAGAAAAAGCCAAUUUUAAAAUUGUAACUCUGAUAGUCAACAUGCUAUAUGCUGUGUUCAGUACACUAAUUUUGAAGCCAAUAUUUCUGUACAUGAAAAAAGAGCUAUUUAUCUCUGUUCGUUGGAAGAUCCUCAUGGGGAAUUCCUCUGGUUGUUCACUGCCAAAACUGUGGCAUUUUCAAUACAGAAGAGUUUGCUAUGUAAAAAAUAAUAUAUACAUAUAUAUAUGAGGAAAAAAGAAAAAAGCACAAAACAAUUUGAAGAUAUUCUAUCUCAGUGACAAAUCAGAGUGAUAUUGUUUUUAGUUGUAAUACAAGAAAAUGAAUCUAUGUAUAUAUCAGAUGUCCAAUACUGUAAUUAAUUUAUUAAAGACUGGCUCUCCAGUU